AUGUCUGACAAUAGAUAUGACCCGACACUCUUGUCCAAUUCCAAGGUGAACAACGCGGGCGUCGCUCUGCCAAGCUCUGAGCUGACGCCGUCGCGGGACUUGGUUCUGACCGCCCUUGCUCAGCUGGCUGUCUUUCAGACGGGCACAGAAAGAGCCUUCAUCUCACUUUUUGACGUGGAGCAUCAGUAUUUUGUCGCUGAAGCAACUAGGACGUUGCUCACUUCACCAGAUGACACCGAUCUUGGCCUUUGGAUGGUUGGCACUGCCAUUCCUCGUGCCCACAGCACAUGCGAGUAUACCCUUCUCGAGUCAGAUCGUCUCGAGAGGGCACGAGAGAAUGCAAUCCUCACCGACCCAGCUCAGUUUGAUCACUGCGAAAACGAUGGCGAUCCAACGCAGCUGCCGGUCCUCGUGGUCCCGGAUCUCUCCACUGACGACCGUUUCAAGUUGAAGCCGUACUGCCGGCCUGGAGGUGGACACCGCUUCUAUGCGUCUGUGCCUAUUCGAACGCAGAGAGGUAUCAACAUUGGCGUGCUCUGUGUCGUGAGCCCCGAGCCCGAUCGCAGAUGGAGCGACCACUAUUCGAAUUUGAUGCGUAGACUGUCCGUUGCCGUCAUGGAUCAUCUGGAGGCGAAUUUUUCAAAGGUGGCCUAUCGUCGCAGCGAACGCAUGAUUCGAGGCCUCGGCUUCUUUGUUGAAGGAAAGGCAACCGAAUCUUCCUGGGCGUCCGUUGCUGGUAGGGAGACGUUUACCGAGACACCAGAUGCCUUGUUUCUGGCUCGACAAGGGCUCAAGGGAGAAGCUGAAAAUGCCAACGGGCCGCCUGUUUCCGAAGCGACAGCCCACUCAACCCCCAACUCUGAGCGAUCUCUUUCCCCGGAUGGGGAACGGCUCGACCCCAAUCGCAAGAAGGAUCAAGCAGGGAAGCAGACGGCAGAGACGAAAUGGGCCGACAACUUUGUUCCAGGCCCAAACCCAAUGAUGGACACAUUUUCUGAAGCUGCCAUUAUAAUCCGCGAGUCGCUGGAGACGGAUGGGUGCCUCUUCUUGGACGCAGCCCCUGGAUCCCGGCGGUCCAAGUUUGAGGAUGGCUCGCUUCGUAGGAUCAAUAUGCCGCAAAAGUUCCUCGCAAAGCUCCUCCAGCGGUAUCCCAAGGGCCACAUCUUCAACUUUGGCGUAAACGGAGAGCUGCAGUCGAGCGACUCGUCCGACGACGACGGCUGGUUGACGGAUCUUACCCAGGAUCCCAUUUCACCACUUCAGCCCGAUCCGCCGCUGCCCCCUCAGGACGACGCCUCCCAGUCUAAGCGACAGAGGCGGCCUUGGGCGCGCCACAACGAAGGAAAGAUUAUCCAGGAGGUGUUCCCCAAGGCCAGAAGCGUUGCCUUUGUCCCCGUCUGGGAUCCCAGAAAGCAGAGAUGGUGCGCCGGAGGCUUUGUCUAUACCCUGACUCCGACACGCAUCUUUACGGUGGGAGGAGAGUUGAAUUUCCUGAGAGCCGUGAGCAUAUUGGCGAUUGCAGAGACGCUCCGCCUGAAGACUUUUGCAGCUAACCAGGCAAAAUCGGAUGCCCUGAGCUCUCUGUCGCACGAACUGCGCUCUCCCUUGCACGGAGCCGUGCUGGGCAUCGAGUUGCUUCGCGAUACUGAACUGACCGUCUUCCAGGGCAACAUUGCUCACACCAUCGAGAUUUGCUGCCGUACACUUGUCGACACAGUCGACCACCUCCUCGACUACUCCAAGGUUAAUAGAUUUAUCCAAACGAGGCGUACAGGAGGUCAAGCAUCGGAGCCUCGCGGACUGCGACCAGGCACGGCCAGAUCAGUCGAAGAAGGCAUGCUCAGCCUCUACAAGCACAUACGGCUAGAUGGAAUCGUCGAAGAGGUCAUGGACGGCGUCUACGCUGGCUUCAACUUUAUGCACAUGGCGCUGCAGCUCGCCAAGCACAAGAACUCGGCGCACUCGUCGGAUUGGACGGCUAUGCGCCGUCUGGACGCCAUGCAGGCCAUGGAGGAGCUCGGGUCCAACGGCAAGAUUGCGCUGGGCGAGGUGACUGUCUUUCUAGAUAUCGACCACGCCUUCAACUGGCGAUUCUACACGCAACCCGGUGCCAUCCGACGCAUCGUCAUGAACCUCCUCGGUAACUCGCUCAAGUACACGCAAAAGGGGUCCAUCAAAGUGCGCCUGACCCAGUCCAAGCCGAAGCGCAAGUCGUCCGCCGAUGCCAUUGUCCACAUUAUCGUGUCCGACACCGGCAAGGGCAUUGGCGAGGACUAUCUGCGCAACGAUCUGUUCAAGCCGUUUUCCCAAGAGGACCAUCUCGCCCCCGGAACCGGCCUAGGCCUCAGUUUCGUCAAGCAGAUUACUUCGCAGCUGCGGGGCCGCGUCAAUGUCGACAGCCGUGUCGGCGAGGGCACCAUUGUCAAAGUCUCGCUGCCUCUCAUGCAGACACUGACGCCCCCCGACGGCACCCCCUUACUCGCCGAGAACGAGGGUGAUCUCGACAAGCACGUUGCCGAGGCUGCGGGUCUUCGCGUGCGCCUCAUGGGCUUCGAUAUCGGCAGACGGGCUAAGAGACGAAUGCUGGACGGGAGCUACACCGAGCUGUUGACAGAGGUCGAGCGAAUCUGCCGCGACUGGCUGGGCCUCAAUAUCAUCACCGAGGCCGAGGCCGAACAACAGGCGCCCGACUGCGUCAUCUGGAUCGAAGACACGCUCGCCAGCUCUCCGCUGGAGAAUCUCAUGCAGGGACCGCCUUGUGUGGUACUGUGCAAAAACACUCUGGUGGCAUACAAGAGCGCAGCGCAGUUUGAGCGGGUGAAGGCGCAUCGGAUCUUUGAAUUCGUUGCUCAGCCCAUGGGACCCCGUAAAGUCGCCAAAGCGGUGGCAAUGGCAUUCAGGCGCGGCCGCGAGAUGAAGUCAAUGCCUCUAUCCCCCAUCACUCCUCGCCAGGAAUUCCUCCCCGUCGUCCCCGACAUCCUCAGCGGCAGCCUCCUUUCCGAGAACGAGAAGCCCGUCAAGGCCGAGAUGCCAGCAGCCCCCGAAGCCCCGUGCGAUGCAAUCACCGCGCCAGAGUUCCUCCUCGUCGAGGACAACAGCAUCAACCUCGACAUUCUCUCCAUCUACAUGAAGAAGCUCGGCCGCCCCUACCACACGGCCACCAACGGCGCCGAGGCCCUGAGCGCCUACAAGCUAAACCCGAAACACUGCAAGUACAUUUUCAUGGACGUGUCGAUGCCCAUCAUGGACGGCUUUGAGGCUACGCGCCGCAUCCGUGCCUACGAGCGCGACAACCAGAUCAAGCCCGCCAUCAUCUUCGCCCUCACGGGCCUUGCCUCGGAGAGCGCCCAGCAGGAGGCCUUUGGCAGCGGCGUUGACCUGUUCCUGACCAAGCCCGUCAAGCUUAAGGAGCUGGGCAUGAUUCUCCGGUCCAGGGGACUGCUUCCCGAGGAGCCCUUGGUGGUGGUGACCAAGAACGGGACUCAUAUGGCCUAG